AUGGCUCCAAGCGAAGAUACGUUGACCAAGGUGUCGACCGAAGCCGCGACCGACUUUGUCCAGUCCUUCUACCCAGCCAUAAACUCGAAUCGCGAAUCCAUCAGCUCCUACUACGCCCCGGCACCCUCACCAGUCCUGUUCAAUGGCAACCCUGUCGCGGACGGCGCCGCCGUGCAAGAAAUCUUUGUCCACCAAAUGCCCACCGCUGUGUAUGAAGUGCAAUCCUACGACUGUCAAAUCAUCAAUCCCGCAUAUCCCACCACCACACCAGCCGGUCCAAAGCCUCCGUCGGAGAUGGGUGUGAAAGACAUGUCGAUUCUCAUUCUCGUCAGUGGCUAUGUGCGCUAUGGAGAGGAUCCCGAUAAACCUCAGCGUGGAUUUAGCGAGACCUUUGUUUUGGUGCCGAACCCAUCAUCGGAUAAGGCCCGGGGUCGCAAAGAGUGGCUCAUUCAAAGCCAGAACUUCCGCCUUGUUGUAUGA